AUGCCCCGCACGCUUCGUAUCGCAGCAGCACAGGUCGGCGCCGUGCACCGCAGCGAUGACCGCCAAAACACCUUAUCACGGCUCAUCAAACUGCUCGAAAACGCCGCUUCCCAGGGCGCGCAAAUAGUUCUCUUCCCUGAGUGCACUUUUGCAACCUUCUUCCCUCGCUACCUGAUCACCGACAAAGAGGAGCUCGAAUCAUUCUUCGAGCACGGCGACGUCACCACGGCAGAUAGCACCAAGGGUAUUUUCGAAAAGGCAAAAGAGCUAGGCGUAGAUAUCUGCAUUGGGUUCGCAGAGGCAACAGAUGGAAAAGAGUGUUACAAUACUUGUGUCUACUACCAUGCCAAGUCCGGAUCUGUCUUAUCCAAGUACCGCAAGGUACAUUUACCAGGAGAUGUUGAACCCUUUUCCGACCCAGACGCUGUAAACCAACUGGAAAAGCGAUACUUCAAGCCUGGAAAUUUGGGUUUCCAUGCAUAUCGUGUGCCGGAUCUAACGGAGAAUACGAUUGACCAAGGGGAACCAAUAUUCGGGAUGAUGAUAUGUAAUGAUAGACGGUGGGCAGAAGCAUGGCGAUGUCUCGGUCUCCAGGGCGUAGAGGUAGUGUUUGUAGGGUUUAAUACUCCAGUUUAUGCGCCGCAAAUGUGGGGUACGGAUUCAAGCGCACAGGAAGCACAUGAUGAUGCCAUCUUUCAGCACAAGUUGGUCAUGCAGGCGCAUUCGUACACGAACUCUUGCUUCUCGGUUAGCGCGGCACGAUGUGGUUUGGACGAUGGCAAGUAUGAUCUUGUAGGCGGUUCGACAAUCGUUGGACCCGAUGGAAAGAUUAUAGUCGAGAGCCAGACGGAGGAAGACGAGGUAAUCAUUGCGGAUUGUGACCUCGAUCGAUGCUUGCCUGGCAAAACACGAACAUUCGAUUUCGCCAGACAUCGACGAACAGAACACUAUGGCAUCUUGAAUUCACAAACCGGCGUAAUCGAGCCACCCAGACUCACAGCACUGGGCAACGAGAAGAACGCUUCAACAAAUGGCAUUCACACGACAGAAAUGCCAUCCAUAACCGGCACCCCUUCCCCCCGCCAACUCCGCAUCCUCCUCUGCAACCCCAACGCCACACCCUCGAUGACAACCGCCUGCCUGCACAUGCUCAAACCCACACUCCCCCCAGACGUCACAGUCGACGGCUUCACCGCACCGCACCCUGCUCCCUCUGCCAUUGAGGGCAACUUUGACAACAUCAUGUCAGCGGCAGCAUCCGUCCGAGCAAUCAUCCCCAUAGCUCACCAAUACGACGCCUUCCUCAUCGCAUGCUACAGCGACCACGCGCUCACCAAGAUGCUGCGGGAAGAGCUGUCCCAGCCCGUCAUCGGCAUCAUGGAAGCGUCACUCUAUGCUGCUCGCACGCUCGGUAGCAGAUUUGGUAUCAUAGCGACAUCGCAGCGCUCGCGGUAUACGCUCGCCGACGCCGUGAAAAGCUACGGCUUAGAUUCCUUUUGCGUGGGUGUGCGCAGUUGUAACUUGGGCGUACUUGAAUUAGAGACGAAAGAUGAAAACGAGGUUUUGGGUAUCAUGUGCGGUGUUGCGCGGGAGCUUGUGGCCGAGGGGGCGGAUACGCUGGCGCUGGGAUGUGCGGGUAUGACGAAUAUGAAGGUGGCGGUUGAAAAGGCGGUUGGAGGGCAUGUGCAGGUGGUUGAUGGGGUGUUGGCGGGUGUGCAGCAUCUGGCUGGGUUGUGUAGAUUUGGAGCAAGAACGGCAAAACGAGGUAUGUAUGCUAGCUCUUCUGCAGGUCGGCAGCGUAGAGGUCAGGAUUGGUAUUAG